AUGAUUUCCGAUACCCCCUCGACCUCUGAGGAUUCCAGAGCCGGUUCAGAGGACAGAAUGUCCCAAUCUCCUGGGACUGAUACAACUGCCCCAGAUUCCCAGCCAACAGACAUGAUGCCGUUGGAGUCGGUCCCGGCAGACGAGUGGCGCAAAAUGCAGCAGAUACUGCUCGAGCUGUUUUCCGAAAACAUCAUAGCCAAAGUGCUACGGGUGGCAGUGGAGGCGCUAGAAAACAAUGAUCCCCCGACAGUCUAUCCUGAAUUUGUGCCGCAGCAUGGCGACCGAGUAGGAAAGUACUUCCUACGGGAUGCCGACUUUUGGACAUGCGGUUUCUUUCCGGGAAUUCUUUACCUGCUGAGAGAACGGGCAGCGAGGUAUCCUCAAGUCUUCCCAUACCUUGACUAUGAAGGCACAACAGUGUCAAGCUCGUCCCUGCGACACCAACUAGCCGAGCUCUGCCGCACGUGGACUGGCCCAGUCAAAGCGAUGAUGUCGCGCACAGAUACCCAUGAUAUGGGCUUCAUCAUUCAGCCCUCACUUCGGAAAGAUUGGGAGCUGUCCAGCAAUGAGGACAGCCUGCAUGCUGUUCUGGCUGCUGCUCGCAGCCUAGCUAGUCGGUACGUACCCAAGGCCGGGGUCAUCCGCAGCUGGGAUGUCCUGCGACAAGCAGACGUUUCCAUUACAAGCAUGACGGAUGAUUGCUUGGUUAUCAUCGACAGCAUGAUGAACCUGGACUUGCUAUAUUACGCCUCGAAGCAUCUCGCAGACUCCAGCCUCGCGGACAUUGCAACCACACACGCGCGGACUCUCCUAAAAUCGCUUCUGAGACCAGAGCCUACUCCUGCUGGCAGCAAUAAGCGUCACAAGUACCCAUUAUAUUCCACUUGCCAUGUUGUCAACUUCGAUCCCCAUACCGGGGGCAUUAAGCAGCACCGCACAGCCCAGGGAUACAGAGUCGACUCGACUUGGGCGCGCGGCCAGGCAUGGGGAAUUUUUGGCUAUGCCCAAACAUAUAACUGGACCAAGGAUGAAGAGUUUCUUGCUGCAGCAUGUGGUCUGGCUGACUAUUUCCUGUGGAGACUUGAGACUGCACCCCUCUGCGUAGAGCAGCCCACCGCCAGUGAUGGGCUCGAUUGCCAGAGAACGAUGGGUCGGUACGUGCCAUUGUGGGACUUUGAUGCCCCAGUCGAGGAUGAAAGCAAGCCUUUACGAGACUCUUCUGCUGGCGUGAUUGCUGCCAACGGUAUGCUACUUCUUUCGCAGUCACUGGCGACGCUCGGGGACGCAACCCUAGCAGAGCAAUACCAGCUCGCCGCGAGGAGGAUAGUGUCCGAUACAUUAGAGCUAUCUCUUUCAAGGGAGCGAGCACAGUUGGUUGGAGAUGCACAACAGGGAAACACUAUUACCGUCGAAGACGUGGUGCCUGGACAACGAUUUGACUCCAUUUUGAAGAAUGCAACGGCCAAUCACAAUUCCCAGGAUCAUGAUCGUUAUAGUGAUCACGGACUGGUGUAUGCGGACUAUUAUAUCUUAGAAUUUGGGAAUCAGUUGCUGAGAAUGGGCCUAGCAUAG